CAGCCCGGCAGUGGUCUCCGAUUGGCUAGCAGCAAUGACGGCAGGGGAAGGAGGAGUUUCCCGCCAGCUGCUGCCAGGUUUCCCGCGAAAGUUGAAAGCGAGGAGAGCAGGGACCGGGGAGAGUGCCAGGGACGUCUCCGUGCUCCAUAUUGCGUCAUGCCUGCCGAGAAGAAGCCAAUGCGAUACGGACACCCUGAAGGCCACACAGAUGUCUGCUUUGAUGAUACUGGAAGUCAUAUAGUGACUUGUGGCAGCGAUGGCGACAUCCGCACCUGGGAGGAUUUGGAUGACGAUGACCCGAAGUCCUUCAACGUCGGAGAGAAGGCCUACUCCUUUGCUUUAAAGAAUGGGAAGGUGGUCACUGCCUCCUCCAACAAUGCAAUUCAGCUUCAUACAUUUCCCGAUGGAGACCCGGAUGGAAUUCUGACACGCUUCACCACCAACGCCAAUCAUGUCGUUUUUAACCGUGACGGAACCAGAAUCGCAGCGGGCUCCGGCGAUUUCUUGGUGAAGGUGGUGCAGGUGGAUGACAGCAGCGUGCAGAAGACGUUACGUGGACACGAGGCGCCCGUGCUGAGUGUCUCUUUCGACCCCAAAGAUGACUAUUUGGCCUCCGCCAGCUGUGAUGGGUCAGUGAGGAUCUGGAAAAUUGAAGAUCAGGUUUGCGAAGCCAACCUUUCCUUGCUGCCAAAAUGCAGCGAUGUGAUGAACGCCAAGUCCGUUUGUAGAUUAGCGUGGCAACCCCGGAGUGGAAAGCUGCUUGCAAUCCCAGUGGAUAAAGCCAUUCACCUUUAUGACAGGGGCACUUGGAAGAGCAGUUUCUCUUUAUCUGAUAAUUUUAUAACUCAGCCCCUGAAUGUGGUCACCUGGUCUCCCUGUGGACAGUUUAUCAUAGCGGGAAGUAUUGACGGCUGCAUCGUAGCCUGGAACGUGUCUACCAAAGCUUGCUUGGAAAGGGUUAAGCAUGAGAAGGGCUUCACCAUCUGCGCCCUGGCCUGGCACCCUAAAUUGCCCCAGGUUGCCUAUACCGAUAAUGAGGGCAAUCUCGGACUGCUUGACAAUGUCUGCCAGGGUUGCGCAAAGUCCACCGGAGACAAGACCGCAGUGGCCGCCACCAAAGAUUAUGAUGCGCUGUUUGAUGAGGACGGGGAUGAUGAAGACUUCUUGAACACGGACAUGAUCGAUCACCAGGCGUCUGUUGAUAAUGAAGAGGAUGAUGAUGACUUUGGGCCUGUUUCAGGCCGUGCGAAAACCCGCGGCAUCCUGGAUGACGACGAUAAUUCUUUAGAUGUCCCAUCUCUAAAGUCUGGUGAUGUGGAAAAGCUGAAUGUGGUCGAUGAGGAUGACCGCUCUACCACUGCCGAGCCAAUUCCAUCUUUCCCUUCAAAGCCUGUUUAUAGUGGGCCGAUACCAACACCACCACAAAAACCUUUCCAACCGGGCUCCACCCCAGCGCAUCUUAUGCAUCGCUUUAUGAUGUGGAAUUCCAUUGGAGUGAUUCGCUGUUAUAAUGACGAACAGGACAAUGCCAUAGAUGUGGAAUUUCAUGACACCUCCAUACAUCACGCCAUCCACCUCACCAACACCUUGAACCAUACUAUAGCAGAUAUGUCCCAGGAGGCCGUACUACUGGCUUGUGAGGGCACCGAUGAACUGUCAAGUAAACUCCAAUGCCUGCACUUCAGCUCCUGGGACACCAGCAAAGACUGGAUGGUGGACAUGCCCAAAGGGGAAGACAUCCAGGCUGUCUGUUUUGGCCUGGGCUGGAUGGCCUGCGCUACUAGUGCCUUGCUGCUUCGCAUCUUUAGCGUCGGUGGAGUUCAGAAGGAGAUCUUCAGUCUUCAGGGGCCUGUGGUGUGCAUGUCGGGACAUGGGGAGCAGCUGCUCGUAGUCUACCAUAGAGGUACGGGAUUUGAUGGAGAGCAGUGCCUUGGCGUGCAGCUUCUGGAGCUUGGUAAGAAAAGGAAGCAGGUGUUGCACGGUGACCCUCUGCCCUUGUCGAGGAAAAGUUACCUGUCCUGGCUCGGCUUCAGUGCAGAAGGUAGCCCGUGUUAUGUGGAUUCAGAGGGCGUGGUGAGGCUGCUGAACAGAGGUUUGGGGGACACCUGGACACCAGUGUGUAACACCCGGGAACACUGCAAAGGAAAGUCCGAUCACUACUGGGUGGUGGGUCUGCAUGAGAAUCCGCAGCAGCUCAGGUGUAUUCCAUGCAAAGGUUCAAGAUUCCCCCCUACUCUUCCUCGCCCUGCAAUGGCUAUUCUACCUUUCAAGCUUCCUUAUUGUCAGAUCACAACAGAAAAAGGGCAGAUGGAGGAGCAAUACUGGAGGUCACAGAUCUUCACCAAUUGCUUUGACUAUUUGUCUAAGAAUGGAUACGAAUGUGAUGAAAAUGCCAAGAUGGAAGUUCAGAAGGAGCAGCAAGAACUGUUAAUGAAAAUGUUUGCGUUGUCCUGCAAACUGGAGCGUGAAUUCCGCUGCAUGGAACUGGCGGAGUUCAUGACUCAGAACGUGGUGAACCUGGCCAUUAAAUACGCCUCGCGCUCCAAGAGACUAAUCUUAGCCCAGCGGCUCAGUGAGCUGGCCCUGGAGAAGGCGGCCGAGCUGGCAUCCGCACAGGAGCAGGAGAGCGAAGAAGAGGAAGAUUUCCGCAGCCAGCUGAAUGCUGGAUACAGCCGCACGACCACGGAGUGGGGCGAGUCACGUCCGAAACAAGCAGAAGCAGAAGAAGAAGAGCAAGACGUGGAAAUGAAUGGCGAGGAUGGAGAAGAGGAAGUGGAGCCGGAGGAAGCUCCUGAAAUACCCAGACUUGGCAGAGCAGCAAUGAAUCCAUUUGCCAAAAAUGUUACUUCACCGGAGCAGCCGAGUGCAAAAUCCGGUGCGAUCGUGUCCAGCAAUCAAGGCAGGGUGAACCCCUUCAAGGUAUCGGCCAGCCAGAAAAGCCCGGCCCUGGCUGGGAACUCGUCUCGUAUCCUGGAUAAUAUGAGUAAAAUAAGUAAAAAGGCCCCGAGUUCUGCAAACCUGGCCUCAGGCAAGCAAGACUCUGUGGUUAUAAAGCCUCUUGCUCCAAGGACGAAAUCCAAGCAGGGUCAGGCUACGUUAUUCCAAAGCAUCCAAUCCAAAUCCACGGCGAAGACUUCUCAGGCAAAUGAGAAACCCACCCAGAUCUCUUCUCCAGUUGCAGCUCCAGAGGACAAAGGAGUCAAAGAGACCAAAGAAGUCAAAAAACCCAAAACCGGCUUCCAGCUUUGGUUGGAUGAGAGUCGGCAGAGUAUUUUAUCUGAGAAUCCUGGGCUCGAGGAAUCGGACAUCAUUAAGGAAGGAAUGAGCCGCUUCCGGGCCCUGACAAAUGAAGAGAGGAUGAUUUGGACCGAGAAGGCCAAAGGAGAUGAUUCUGGUGACACAAAAAAGAGAAAGCGAACAGAACAGGAGAAUCGGGACUCUGCAGAGGGCCCAAAAGAAGAGAGCCAGGACUCCGGUGCUCCUAAAAAGCGUAAGCCUUUCGACCAGUCCACAAACAAGAAACUGUCAGCCUUUGCCUUUAACAAGGAUUGAGUGAGCGUGCUAAUGCAAGACAACUUGCGUGGACA